AUGUGUUCAUGAAUGUAAUUCUAAACUAGAUUGUUACUAUCCUCUAAAUGAAUAUCAUUUCUGACUUUUUAGAAAAUGAAAAAGCUUAGCGCUAAUGUUAUCAGAGGGUCAGAUUUAAAAUUGAAAGAAUUUGAAAGUUUCUACUAAAUGUAUGUCAAUGCAAACCGAGUGCACGAGUCGGAUAAGCUAGAUCGUUUUUGCUUUAAAAUAAGUAAACAGAUGUAUUCCGUUUUAGGUGGGCUCUACACGCACGUCGCAUCAGCAUCUGAUUCCGGUCGAAAUAUAAAAUUACUUUGCACAAAGCCAUUUAAGAAACCGCAUCUACAACUAAACUCUCGGUAAUGUUUUCUAUAAUUCGUAAAAUUUUGCCGAUACGUACGAGUACAACUGCUGGCAUAGUUGGAAAAUGCGGUAAUAAUAUCGAAAAAAACGAAAUCCGAUUUCCAUUUCGUCUAUUCUCACAAUACCGUUGCAUGUUCGGAGUUGGUGCUGGUGGUACUCCAUUAAGAUUUAAUUUGAAUGAAACCCAGUAUUUCGUAAUAUUAAAACGGGCAUCAUCAUCAUUGGGGAAUCACAUUGUAUCAAAGUCAAAUCACUUUUCGACACAACAUGAGAUCCGUGAAUAUAUGACAGUUUAUCCAGACAUUGUUAAUGACCUUAUUGAGAUAUUGGAAAGAUACCAAUGCAACGAUUUGGUGGAAAGCUUCAGAAAGACUCUGGAGUACAAUUUACAACUUUCAAACGGGAAGCAUGGUAUAAUCCCCGUAUUGACAUAUAAGAGUAUGGUACAAGAACCGGAACUCACAUCAGAAAAAAUUAAACUAGCACAAAUACUUGGCUGGUGCAUUGAAAUAGCCCAUGUUUUAGCCUUCAUUACCGAUGAUGUAGUGGACAACAGCACCACGCGUCGUGGGAAAGUGUGUUGGUACAAAUUGGAUGGAGUGGGUUUGAAUGUCAUACACGAUUCUAUAUUGCUUGAGAAUUCCAUCUUCGAACUUCUCAGAAAGCAUUCUAGCCAUUUGGAUUGUUAUGUUGAUUUGUUCGAGUUAUUUUUUGAAUGCAUUUUCAAAUGUAUUUGCGGUCAGUCAACGGACGUGAUUGUUAGUACAAGGCACGUGAACUCGUUCGAUAUGGACACAUUGAAUUCAGUUGUGAGGAAUAAAGCCGCCAGCAACUUUUUUUAUUUACCAGUAGCGGCUGGUUUGCUUUUGGCGGGCGUCAAGGACCCAAAGAUAUUUGAAGAAUGUCAAAAAAUUACAUUUGAGUUAGGAUAUUACGCUCAAGUUCAAAAUGAUUUUCUUGAUUCAUUUGGAAAUCCGGAUUUCACUGGUAAAAUCGGCACAGAUAUUGAAUCCAACAAGUGUUCUUGGCUGGCGGUGAAGUGCAUGGAAUUAGCGGAUUCAGAACAAAGGGCUAUUAUGGAGGAGUGCUACGGACAGAAAGAUCCGGAAAAAAUUAAUCGUGUUCGAAAGCUCUACGAGGAGGUUGGACUGCCCACCUUGUGUGCCCAGUUCGAAAUAAAAAUAUGCAAUAGAAUCAAAAUGCAAAUUGAUCAAACGCCGGUUCAGAUGUUACGUGAAAUGUUUUUAGAAUGUCUUAAUUAUGUCUCCAAUAGAGGAAUUAAGUAAUUUAAAUCAAAUUUAAUACUCCAAAACUAUUCAUUAAAAAUCGCUAUUAGACUAUAGACAUAUACACACAAAUUAUUUUAAAUGAAUGUGUCAAUUACCAAUUACCAAAAAA